GUCCUCACACACGUGGGUGCACACGCGUCGCCUUCAUCUGUCUCCACCACCAAAACCCCGUCCUCAUCGCCGCCCAAGUGCCCAACCCAAAACCGCCGCCUCCCACAGUACCACUCCGGCAGUCUAACCCCGACAGUCCGGCCACGAGAGCAUGGAUGGCCUCGACGAGGUCGAACCCGCCGGCAUCCACAACCACCCCACGGAACCCCCCACUUAUGCAGGCGGAGAAGGGGGCAACAACGACGACAACAGCGGCUGGGGUCGCGAGCUGGUCCGGCGCGGAUGGGACCUGUCCCGGAAGGCCGCCAUCGCCGGCGCCUCCGUGGCAGCCGCGCCGGUCGUCGCCCCGCCCCUAAUCGUCCUCUCCGCCGCCGGCAUCGCGCUGUCCGUCCCCUUCGCCGCCUACCUCGGCAGCCUCGCCGCCACCAACCAUCUCAUGAGCGCCCUCCUCUCCUCCUCCCCAACGCAGGAGCCGUACCACACCUGCAACCGACAAGACGACGAAGUGGACGCGGAGGAAGAAUUCCUGGAUGCAUCUGAGGAGCACGGCCAGGACUCCCCACCAGCAUUCAGACAUUCGAAUUUGACAGAGGAGGGAAUCAUCAAGGCGGAAAUCGAGAGGGACCCUUCGCUGCUGCUGUCACAGGAUCCUGGUGUUUCUGAAGCGUCGGUGCCGGCGUUCGCUGAAGAGGUACGAGGUGAAUCUUCGGCUCAAGAACCUGGUGAUGGAUCAUUGGCAUCAAACAGUGGUGACAAAACCGUGGAGGAAAGGGAGUCUGCUGGAAAGGAGGUGGUACCUUGUGGCUUUGAUGUUUCUGAAUCAGGAAAACCGCUGUUGCAGUACGAGCGUAUUGUUAAUGUGGUUGAGACAAAGGGAGCAGAUGGUGUACAUGAAUCAGAAAAAGAAUCAUACGAUUAUGAAUCGAAGAUUCAGGCUGAAAAAGAGGAUGGCACUACCAAAGAGACGCUGUUGCAGGGCCUCCGUUCCUCUGAAUCGCUGGUGCCACUUCUAAGUGACAACGACAGUGUUGUUCAGGGAGAUGGAGAUGGUGAAUCCUCCCUACAGAACUUAGACCAAGAUUUACUUUUAUCAACCAGCACGGAUAAAAAGGAGUCCAUAACAAUGCAGGAAAAGAAGUCUACUGAGGACAUGCCACCACGAGACUUUCCUGGUGAAGACAAUGCGCUUCAGAGCAAGGUAAAAGAUGAAGAUGCAUUACAAGGCGAAGUGGUUGAUGUGCAAGUGGAGAUUACUCCUGUGUUGCCUCAAAAUGAGGUGGUGCUUCCACAUAGUAACCUGGCGGCUUGUGGCUCGCCCGCUGAUCUUGUAAAAGGAGAAGAUGUUGAUGAUGUGCAAGUCAAAUUUGUUGCUGCUGCGGCACCUGAAGGUGAGGUUCUUCCACAGAGUAGUAAACUAGCGUCUUUUGAGUCACCUGCAGAUCUUGUUACGGGAGAAGACAUAGAUAUGCGAGUCGACAUCAUUGCUAUUGCAGCACCUGAAAGUGAGAUGCUGCCACUGAGUACUCUUUGUGAGUCACCGGGAGAUGUUACGGAUGGGAUAGUUGAUGUUCCAGCCAACAUUGCUGCUGAUGCCGAGCCUAACAGUGAGGUGGUGCCCCUGAGUUACCUCACGGCUUGUGAGUUGCCAGCGGUGGUCGAAACAGAAAUUAGUAUGAUCGAAGACAUUGUGAGGGAUUCUGGUGAUCUUAGGAAAGAGAAUGUACAGUGCCAUUUUGUCUCAGUGGCAACUGUUGUGAGUGCUCAUGAUGUUGAGGAUAUAUUGUCCAGUAGGAACACACCUUAUGUCUCUGCCAUUGGCGACGAAAUGAGUGACAAUGCUAAUGAGGAAGCUGGCAUGGAAUACACAGUGAUGGAUGAAAGGUUUGGCAAGACCGGUGUUGCUGGAGAUGAGAUUCACUGCACCGAAGAACAGUUAAGGGAACAGCUUGACACCAUAAGAACAAUAACUGGGUACGGAGCUGUGCCUUGUCCAACCCUGGAAGGGGAGCUGGCAGGGCUUUACAUGUUCGUGGGCGUGGAGCCUCCUCUCGGCUCGUGGGAUACCAAUGGCCGCCUGCCAGAGCUCAAUGCAGAAGUCCAGUUCUUGAAAUCGAUCAUCGGAGUGGAUUGAGUAGCACAUGAUCAGUGAGUUCCCAAGUUCCUUGUGAUUGUGUGUACAGCUGUAGAUGCGAUGCAAACAGUUUAGACAAUUUAUGCUUGGUGAGUACGGCCUGUCUUCCUGUGUAUGAAGAAUUUACAAGUUAUCUUUUCUGUGAACUCCAGUAUAAUGACAUACCGUUUGAGAUAUGAAAAUAAGAAUCUGUUAGGUGUAUUUGAUGUUAGGUGUAUUUGACGAUAAAGGCUGUGAUAUCAAUUGCUAUGAUUUUA